GAUCAACAAUUUGUUGACGGAAAUUCAAAAGGUAAAAGAGCAAAUUGUGCCACAACAAAUUAAGUACAAAAGCUACAUGCCACCUACACAAAAAGCUUCACCUUCUGAAUUCUCAAGUUCUUUUAUGGACAUGUCAUAUAGCUGCAUCCACCUUUAAGCCAGUGCAAAUUUUAGUACACUACACACCUUGAGAACUUAAAAACCAUUCUAACUCAUUCAUGGCCUCCACUGUGGAAAUGCAACCAUCUUAUAGUUCCAGGAAACAAGAUGAUUCAGAUUUCAACUUGACAGAAUGGUCAGUGAAAGCUAGAAUCAGUAGAGAGAACAGCAAGUCAAGAAGGUACUCAGCAUCAUAUAUAAGAAGCUUCAGAGAAGACACAAGGUCUUUUAGAUCAAACAUAACCAUUUCCAGCACUGCUUCUUCUCCUGGAUACCCUUUAAAAGAUGAAAUAGACCCUUCAACCUAUUCUUUCACCACUGCUCUUAAAGCAUUGCAAGCAAGGUCAGGCUAUAAAAGUUGGGAGUGCCUAUCUCCAGAAGGGUUUGCCUUGAAUUCCAAGUGGAAUGAAGCUGAAAAAUACAUAUGCAACCCCUUCUCAGGAGAGGUACCAAUGGAGUGUUUAUCUGCCAAAACUCUUAGUGGAAGAUCAUUUAGAAACUCAACAACAAACAAAAUCACCAUGUCUGCCCCUCUAGUCUAUUCUUCAAGACAAAUGCAAACAAAGACAUCAACUUGCAAUAGUUUCACACAAGAAGAAUUAGCUCUUCAUUUUCACAUUCCAGAAAAAGGAAAAGAGGGAAUGACAAGAGAUGCAGGUACUCAAAGUACACCACCUCCUUAUCUUAGUUCAAGCAACCCCAGCACUGAUUUAACUCCAUCCAUCAUAAAGAGACCAAUAAAUCUAUCUGAAGAACCUCUAAAUUCCAAUACCAAAACUAUAACUGAGGAUAAGGUGGAAGUGAAGGAAAAAGAAAGAUGGGACACAAGAAAAGAAAAAGCAAGAGAAGUGAAUGGUGAAUGCAUGAAGAAAGAAGAGCAAGUUUGCAGGCAAGGAGGGUGCUUUUCAUGGAUAAGGAAGAAAAGAGAGACAAGAAGAAGGAAAAACAUGUUUUUCAUCCAUUGCAAAGUUUGCUAGUGAAAGAAGCAGUGAAAAAAUGGGGGUAAAAAAAAAAAAGAAUAAAAAGAGUCUUCUCUUAAUUUCUUUGGAAUUCUCACUCAAUUUUGCAGUGGUUAUUAAAUAUGGGCAGAAAUAGAAUUGUUUUUAGAACAGUGGCAAAAUUGAAGGUGUGUGGUACGUUUUCAUGCUUGCGUAUGCGUUACGUAAUUCAAUGAUCAUGCAUUGUGUAAUGAUUUUUCUUGCGGUGAAACUUGGAGCUGGGCUCGGUGACUGCUCCACUCACGUCCACUUUU